CACAAACUCACGAUACACGAAAAAUCGCGGGAAAUUUCCUUCUCCUUAGCCAUUUUGUUUCGUCUCCUUUCAUUGGCUGAAUGUCACCCUUGACGCUCUCUUAAACCAAUCACGUUGCAAUUUACGUAAGUACAGCGCCAUAUUGGCAAACCAGAUCGGAACGUGAGUUUUGCACAACAGAAUCCUGAGGAAGUUCUAUUAUGACGGAUCAAGGUGGAGCUGACAGCAUGGAUACCGGUGAUACAGUGCUGACCAUUGAUGCCGGUGCUCAGGGUGAUUCUGUGGACGUGGAUGGAGUAGAAGUAAUUGAUCCAUUAGCUGAGAAGGCUACAAUGGAACUGAAAACAAAAGCAUUGCAGGACCCACAGGUACUAGCAGCACUUCAAGAUCAUCUAGAUAACUUGGUUGGACAGCGAAGUGGAUAUAUUGAAAGUUUACCAAAAGUUGUGAAGAGACGAGUGAAAGCUCUGAAGAAUUACCAAGUCAAGUACACACAAAUGGAAGCCAAAUUCUAUGAAGAAGUUCAUCAACUAGAGUGCAAAUAUGCCAAGAUGUAUGAGGCACUCUUUGAAAAGAGGAAAGAUGUCGUGACUGGUGCGGUUGAGCCAACAGAUUCAGAUUGUGAAUGGGACAGCAGUGAUGACGAAGAAGAGGAAACAGAUGAAAAAGUAAACGCUUUGGCUGGUGAUUUGAAAGAAAAGGCCAAGUUAGAGGAAGACAAAGAUGAAGAAUCACCAAGUGGUAUCCCUGAUUUCUGGCUAACUAUCUUGAGAAACGUAGAGAUCUUGUCAGAUAUGAUCCAGGAUCAUGAUGAGCCUAUUCUCAAUCACCUUGAAGACGUCAGAGUCAAGUUUCAUGAGGGAUCACAAAUGGGUUUCACAUUAGAGUUUCACUUUUCAGCGAAUGAUUUCUUCACUAAUGCCGUCCUGACCAAGAGUUAUCAGAUGAGGUCAGAACCCGAUGAGAAUGAUCCAUUCAGCUUUGAAGGACCAGAGAUCAUCAGCUCCUCAGGCUGUACAAUUGAUUGGAAGAAGGGCAAGAAUGUGACCAUGAAAGUCAUCAAGAAGAAACAGAAGCACAAAGGCAAAGGAACAACACGUAUGAUCACCAAGACGGUGCAGAAUGAUUCCUUCUUCAACUUCUUCAGUCCACCGAAAGGUCCUGAGGAAGGAGCAGAGGUGGAUGAAGAAACAGAGAGCCUACUGAGUGCAGAUUUUGAGAUUGGUCAUUUUAUCCGGGAACGCAUUAUACCAAGAGCUGUGCUGUACUUCACAGGAGAAGCCAUUGAAGAUGAUGAGUAUGAAGAGGAAGGGGAGGAAGAGGAUGCAGAAGGUGAAGAAGGUGAUGAGGAAGAUGAGAAUGAUCCUGAUUUUGAUCCUAGCAAGGAUGGCGGCAAACCUCAAGAGUGCAAGACACAAUAGAUGAGCUACCCUUCAAGUCCUGUCAUGACAUAUGCUACAAUCAUGUAGAGUAUACACAACUGCCUUCAUAUCACCCCACCCUAUAGUCAACUCGGUUAAUUUUGAGAUUACAUCCAUUUUAACAUUGUUUCUCCAUUACAAAUGGGGUACAUUACACAUGUCAUAAAUGUA